CUGGGACAUGUCCUCAAGAUCGUUCCGGAAUUCGUGAUUGAUGAGAACGGAACGGUGGUCUUUCACCCGGAAUGAUGUCGGCGCCGUUACGGAGUUACGGUUGACUUGCGACACGUUCGAUUAUAUAAAUCCUCAACCCGUCUCCAAGAUCCCAACAUCAUCAAUUCCAUCCAUCCCACGACACAAACGAACCUGAUCACUGCACAGCAAAACAGCACCUUUCACUCUACAAUAACCCACAGCUCUCACCUCACAUCAAACAACAACCAACUACAACACGCCGAAGUCAACAAAAUGGCCUCGUACGACAUCGCCCAAUACCUUCUCGACCGCGCCAACAUCCACGACACCGUUACCAAAGUGCCUCUUUACUACGACACGCACAACCUGGCCGGCCUCGAGUCUGAGGUCUACGCGCCAACCAUCGAAAUCGACUACACCUCGAUCCUCGGCGGCGAACCCCGCCUCGUGUCCCGCGCCGAUUGGAUCGACGAGGUGGGCGGUAUCCUCAACAAGUUCGCGGCCAGCCAGCACGUCACAACCGGCAUCAUCAUCCACCUCCCGCAACCCGGCGCCAGAGUCGCCCGGCCCGACAAGGUGACUGUCUACGCACAGGUGGGCGGGAACUUGGUUGGCAAGAGCGAGGGUGGCGAUUCGACGGUGCGGUUGACGCAGAAUGGGGGCCUCCUCGAAGCUGAUCUUAUCUGUGAUGCCGACCUCGAGAAGCAGGGGCAGAAUCCGUGGCGGAUCUCCAAGUACAAGGUGACCAAGAAGUGGGACAGGGGGGAUACGACUGUGGUGGCAGAUCUCACAAAGAACUGAGCAGUAUAGUUGUACCGUACGGUACAAAUUAUGACUUUGAUGAAAAGCCAGGCACACAUUCUACCAGGGUAUUCUUCGCCUUAAAUCCAUCAUAAGAUCAAGCGCCCACAAUCAAGACAAUCACGC